AGGCUAAGACCCUUUACCUUUUGCUUACAAUUCCUUGCUUUUCUUAAAAAACAUAACAUUUUUCAGCUUUUGUUUUUGUAAGAUGAGCCCUCUUUUUUUUGAUAAAGAAGCUGAGCCCUCUUAAAGCUCCUUUAUUCUUAUUCUUUAUGGGUAGUACACACCCAUCAAAGCCUUCACUUGACUUCAAAGUUUUGGACUCAGACGCACUAUCCCUCUCUCUUCCACAAGAGAGAUAUGGACGGGCAUGAAAUGACCUCAACUUGAUCAGUUACUGUAUCUCAAAGAAAGCUUCCUUCCAUCCAUCUAACUUCCAAGAGAAUAAGAACAACACAACAAGCUAGAAGGUAGAAAUUAGAACAAGAGCUUCAAGAAUGGAAGAAUUCGAAUACCACGAGCUCCGAGCAGCGACCGACAACUUCUCCUUAUCAGCGCUUGUUGGAAAAGGAAGCCAUGGAUGUGUCUACAAAGGUGUUCUAGGAGGUGGCAAGCUAGUCGCGAUUAAGAAGCCUUCGAUUGGUCUUCAAAUCCUUCAAGACAACUCCAAACUAGAUAACGAGAUUCAGGUUCUCUCUUCUCUACAUAGAAGCCCUUACCUUGUAAACCUGAUUGGAGUGAGUCAGGAAGGUUUGACUCAGAAGAAACUCCUUGUUAUGGAGUUCAUGCCUAAUGGAUCUCUUCAUGACUCGCUCCACAACCUGUCUACCCCUCCAAGCUGGUCGAAACGCUUACACGUGGCUCUACAAGUCGCCCAGGCAGUGCAGACACUCCAUGAGUCCAGACCCUCUGUCAUUCACAGGGACAUCAAGUCAGCCAACAUUUUGUUCGAUUGCAAUUGGAAUGCCAAGUUGGCAGAUUUCAGCCUAGCGGUUAGGCAGAGAGAGUCAACUCAGAGAGUUCACCCACCAAGUCAACCCGCUGGUACAAUUGGUUACUUAGACCCUUGUUACACAACACCAGGAAAACUAAGUACUAGAACUGAUAUCUUCAGCUUUGGGGUUGUAUUACUAGAAAUCAUAAGUUGUAGGCGAGCAAUCGAAGCCGGGCGAGAUCCAGCUUCUAUUGUUGACUGGGCAUUGCCAUUAAUCAAUGGAAAUCGGGGAGGUCUCGAGGUAUGUGAUACAAGGAUCGCAUUACCCGGCAACAUGGAGGGCACGAUACGUUGCGUCCUCAAUGUUGCAGUACGUUGUGUUUCAUCCAAUGAAGAGUAUCGUCCUUCAGUGGCAGAGAUAGUUAGAGAAUUAGAGACCUGUGUGGUGAGACGAAUUCGAUAUCCAGUGUGGCGGAGCCUUCUCGAAAGCGUUCUUUCACGGCGUAAACAGAGAACAACCACACGGACGACCACGAUAAUAUGCACAACACAUCAAGCAGACGUUCAAGUGGAUCAUUCAAGAGGGAAAGAUGUUGGUAAAAGAGGUUUUAGCUGAAGUGUCCUUCAAUUAAAGCACAAAAACUCAACCCGGUCAGGCCGAGUAAUUGAAUCAGACGAUUCAGAGUCAUGAGUUGAGAUGAACUCUAUGAAGAAAAACGACGUGACAACCUGCACGCACACGCAAGAAGCAAUCCAAACAGAAGAAUCCUAAAAGCAGGUGGGAGGGCAUAAUUAUUAUUCCACAUAAAGCUUUGUUUAAUGGGCUUUGCCAUUCCAUGCUGAUGGCUGCAACUCACCUUCUUAUUUUAUUUUCUUCGCUUCUCUCUCUCUCUCUCUCUCUCUCUCUUUUAUUUUUUAUUUUUGAGAUUGGAGAUCCUAUCUCUGAAUGUAUGAUUGUAUAAUACAGUAUAGAAGAUAAAGAAACUGAAAAGGAAGAAUUGGGGAAGGCCCAAGAAGACAAUGAAGAAAUUCUUUGUCCCCUGCACGA